GUACAACAAUACGUGAAAAAAAUCAAAACAACUAAAACCGUCACCUUUGUUUUCAUCGGUCCACUUCACUACAAAAAUGUCCUACUAAACACUUUUCAAUGUAAUUCGCGUUUUAAUGCAUAAAGCCAUCUCCGUUUGAAUACAGUAUAAGUACGAUAAAAAUUGCACUCACCCAUACCACAUGUCGAAAAUACCGAAAGCAGCAUUGAGCCUGAAGCAGUUUAUGCUUCGGCAAGAAGUGCUUAAACUGUACCGUACUAUAUUCCGUACCAUCCGGCAAGUUCCAGAUGUCAGCAGUCGACGAGAGCUACGGGACUGGGCAAGGGCUGACUUUCGUAAUAACAGGAACCAAACGGAUGAACUGGCCAUCAAGAUGUUGUUGCAGCAUGGUAAUCGGAAUUUAAAAGAACUACAAACCAGUCUCGAACUAAGUGGAACUAGAACGGGCAGCAAUUCGGACGAGAAGCACAGCUAAUCAAACAGCCAACCCGCCAUUAGAGAUUGCAACUGUUUAUCACUAGUUCAUGUAUUGAGAGUUACAUAGCUUAGUUCAAUAAAUUACAAACGUCGGACAUCAACCGUCCGUUACUGUG